CUGGCAUCCACCUUCGGUAGCUGCUUCCCGGCGGCCGCCAUUGCCUCAAGCGCCCGCCAAGCGUUUGUGGGUGUAGCUGGGUUCUGAACUGGGGGAGAGUCGGGGGCGAGCGAGGAACGGACUGAAGCAUCGUGGGCAAAAGAGGCAGGGUGACCGCACACCUAAGGUCCGAGAAAGGGGCUUCCCGGGCACCUGCUGUGUGGCGAGAGCCAGCGCAGCACCCCGCGGACCCUUCUGCGAACGCCCGCACCUGAGCGCGAGGCGCUCCCGUGCGCGUGCGCGGGAAGGGUCUUCCCGCACCUGAUCGCGAGACCCCAACGGCUGGCAGCUCGCGGCCUUGCCUGGGUGGCCGGGUGGAGCUCGUCAUGGCGCAGCUGUGUGGGCCGAAGCGGUGCUGGGCUCUCCUCGCCCUGCUGGCAUCGCUGCUCCUCUCUGGGGCUGAGGCGGCCGAUGGAGAACGUGGCGUCCACGAAUUUUGCCAAGUUUCAAAGAUAGUGGGAAGAUGCCGGGCCGCCAUCCCUAGGUGGUGGUACAAUGUCACUGACAGAUCCUGCCAGCAGUUUGUGUAUGGAGGCUGUGAAGGGAAUGACAAUAAUUACAUGACCAAGGAGGAGUGUCUUGCAAAAUGUGCUGGUGUCACAGAGAACACCAUUAAUGGUCCAGCCACCAGCAGGAAUGGAGCAGAUUCCUCUGUCCCAAGUGUUCCCAGAAAUCAGGAUUCUGAUGACCUCUCCAAUGAUAUUUUCAACUAUGAAGAAUACUGCACUGCCGAGGCGGUCACUGGGCCUUGCCGUGCAGCCUUUCCACGCUGGUACUUUAAUGCCGAGAAGAACUCUUGUGAUAACUUCAUCUACGGAGGAUGCCGGGGCAAUAAAAACAGCUAUCCCUCCAAGGAGGAGUGCAUGCAGCGCUGCUUCGGCAAGCAGUUAUAUCCUGCCCUGCCCCACGGCACUAAAGUGGUGGUCCUGGCAGGGCUGUUCGUGAUGGUCCUGAUCCUCUUGCUGGGAGCCUCCGUAGUCUGCCUGAUCAGGGUGGCACGGAGGAACCAGGAGCGCACCCUCCGCACCGUCUGGAGUUCCGGGGACGACAAAGAGCACCUGGUGAAGAACACUUACGUCCUGUGAACACCCUGUCGCUAAGGGGCUGCCCUCCUCCACCCGCUGUUGAUGAAGAGAACCUGGGAAGGGAGGGGAGACAAGUGUCGAAUGCGUGUGUACUUUUUCAAAUUGAGUGAUUGAUUUGUAUUUGUGAGAUCAUUAGGGUUACUUCACAAGGUAAGAGGGCUUGCUGCCUGGUCUCCUGGGGUGUGUUUGCUUUGGAAAUCCUCUUAGAUAAGGGCUGCGUGCAUUGCAGGUGGUCUGGCCCUCGACUGGAGUCAGCUCCUCUUCGAUUUAUUUCUUGGCACCAGGUAUAGUUUUCUUCACAUAUGUUGAAUCUUAUUGUCUCCUUUCCCAUCACAAAAGUGAUGCUUUAAUAGUUUCCUUUGUUUGUUUGUUUUUUUAAGUAAGCAGAAGCAUAAGUUUUUUAUUAGGAUUCUGAAAGGAAGAAAGUAAGAUGUACAAGUUUAAUAAAAAGGGCCUUCCCUUUUAAAAUAAA